AUGAUGUCAUCAAUAUCAACAUCAAGCACUUUAGCUUGUAACACACACAAAAAGGGCGAUCAUCUCUUCACGCUUAGUCCAAUCCCUGAAGCAUUGAUUGAAACCGAUGAUGGCGCCAUUUCACCCCAAAUCUCUACAAAAUCACACGCCCAUCGUACCCUUACAUUGGACAAAAAGCAAUGCUGCUCGUGCGGAACCUUUGUGACGCCCGUUUGGCGUAGACACUCAUAUUCCUCGAUAUUGAACCUAGAUACAUCUCCCUUGACAUUCGACCCCUACAGUUCGUCAGAUGAGGCAAGCAUUGCACACGGCAGCGACAAUGACAGCAGCAGCAGCAUUUUAAUAUGCUCCGAAUAUGCGGCUCAGAAAAGGUACCUUUGCAAUGCCUGCGGCAUCAAAUACAAAAAGCUGAACCAGGCGUCUUUCAUCUCGUCAUCCCGCUCGCUUCAAAAGAGAAAGUCGCUCGACUAUUCCAUCGACAUCAAGCCAAAAGCGGAGGCUUUUUCCGUGUACGAUACAAAUCGAGAAAAUUUUCUCGGCUCCAAUGUGCCCAUUUUCCCGAUAAAAAGCCCCAAACCGAUGCCGAAAGUGCGGAGGCCCUCGACUUCGUUUAUCUUUUUUUGCAGAGAAUACAGAAAGUCGCUUACCAAGCAAAACCCGUCGUGUUCGUUUGGACAAAUCAGCAAGAUUUUAGGCGAAAUGUGGUCUUCCCUGCCUGAUUCCCACAAACAGAUCUACAUUGCUCAAGGUCAGCAGGAUGAAUAUAGGUAUGCGAUGGAAAAGCAGGCCAUGUUCUCGAGCCUGUUGGGAAACUUGCCUCUCUCCGUGAACGACAAUAUCAUCGGUGAUGGUUCGUUUUUGCAUCCAUCGCAAGGCUCAACGCCCCUUUCGGCCUCUCCGGCCAUCAACGAUGCUUUAUUGUCAAUGGAUCGAUCACAAGAGAUGUCCAAUGUCAAUGGCAAGUAUUGUUUCUACCAUUACAAUCCCAACUCGAUCCCGGCUCAAGCUCAUGACUUGAAAGUGAUACCAGAAACGCUCUCUGCCGCUCAAUAUGAAAUACCCGUACAGGGCCCUUGUUAUUCUCAAACCCCCGUAUUUAUUGACUAUGCUGCAGCUAACCAGCUGUUGUUUCAAUUCCCCUAUUCCUAUCCCCAGGAUAUUUAUCCCAUUGCAGAUGAUCAACAAAAAGGCUUCAACAGUUGA